CAUACAACUACGCCAAGCAAUUAAGCCGGAAUCACUCAAUUUUAAGUCAUCUGGAGCAGUAUGGCAGGCAAAUUAUCGCCAGUUUUACCAACAACUCUCAUUCUCAUAGCAGGAUUUGGAGGUUUGUUCCUGCUCAUGGUUAUGCUCUUUGCCAAACGUCAAAUCACGCGCUUCAAAUUUCGAUCCCGGAGGACCCCUCACACCGCUGUUGGUCACGGGGCACCGAAGCGACUACAGUUGGAGAUUGAACAUCUGGUACAGAGGACGCAACAAAUCAAAGGGUUUCCAACGUUGCUUGCGGAUGAUGACUACAGGCUACAGUAUCUUGCCAACACAGAGUCAGAUAGAUGCACUUAUGUCUACAGAAUGAAAGCAGUUGAUGCAUUCAUUCAUUUCGAAGAACAGGUCAAAAAGUUGGAUGGGCGUCUUUCUCGGCCUAUUGGUGUGAGCGUUCGAGAGCAUAUCAAGCAGCUUAAAGUUUCACCUUUGACCCCUCUUAAAGGAGCCAGCGAUGCACUAUGCAGGGCAUACAUUGAUGCGUAUGAGCAUGCUAGGUUUGGAUGUAAGCCAUUUGGAGAAGCUGAGUACAAUAACUACAUGGCAUUACUUCAUGAGCUGAUUAAUUGUUUACGACAUAAGAGUCAUAAAAAGAGGAAAGUCAGUCAAGCAACACAUCCAUCCCAAGGUGCUACCAGGUCUAGUAUCGGCAGUCAACUUUCUCAGGUAUCUGGACCAUCUCCUAACCAGGAUAACACCUCCUCGAACAACAGAAACACAUCAUCUCUAGGGAGCAUCCAUCGCCAUGUAAAACCUCAACAACUCAGCCCAAAGUCCACUGGAGAUGAGACGUCUAGACUGACCGAUGGAAGCAGUUCUCAAUCGCAGACCAUCUAUGACGGAAGCACAGAACGCAUUCACUUAUUAAGAAACCCUGACAGAUUGCAUUAUGCAAGGAAGGAUACAACCUGAGUUUGAAAUGAAUUAUUUUGUUUAAGAAGCAUUGAUUGUUGAUAAGACAUCCAGGCUGACUGAUGGAAGCAGUUCUCAAUUGCAGACCAUCUAUGACGGAAGCACAGAACACAUUCACUUGUUAGGAAAACCUGACAGGUUGCAUUAUGCUACAAAGGAUACAACUUGAGUAUGAAAAGGAUUCUUCUUUUGUUUGUUAUGGACUCAAUGUUGAUAAGACCUCCAAACUGACCGAUGGAAGCAGUUCUCAAUCGCAGACCAUCUAUGAUGGAAGCACAGAAUGCAUUCACUUGUUAGGAAAACCUGAUAGGUUGCAUUAUGCAAGGAAGGAUAUGACCUGGGUUUGAAAUUGAUUACAUAUUUUGUAAAGGACUUGUAUUCCAUCAUUGUCUAGACUGAAGGUGAAACAGCUUUCUCAUUUAUGAGAACUUGCCGAUUGACACUAGUAUUGCAAGAUAGUGCAUGUGUUUGUGUUUUAUACAGAUGUGCAAUAUGAUUAUUUAUGUGGAGCAUUGUAGCCCAGUGGAUUAAUCUCCUGAACAGAUGUUUGUGGGUUCAAGUUCUGGAUAAAACAGGACUUGUCCCAUGAAUUAUCUGACAAGUCCUUUUAUGAAAUGUACCCCAGGGCUCCUUGUUUGAGUUUUCAGGUCAAAUUGCGUCUUUGAUAUCACUAACAAAAUGCUUUAUAAAACAUUCACCUGACCCAUACUUCUUUGUUCAUUCAUUCAUCAAUCGCAGCGGUGGAGUGUUGUGGCCAAGAGGAUUAGUCUUCUGACUUUUAAACAGAGG